CAUGUUCUGGUCCGCUUGCCACUAUGCUAAAUUUAGUACUGAAAUUAGUACUAAAAAUAUUGUAUCUACAAAUUAGAUGCGCGCGCCGAUUUAGUACUAAAAAUUAAAACAUGUUCUAAUUUCUUGUACUGAAAUUGACACAAUAUUAAAAAGUGAGGUUGUAUUGUAUAUUAGGUACUUUUGUUUUUUUUAUAGGUACAUAAUAAUAAUAGUGAUUUCAACUUUCAACAUGUGGAGAAAAAGGCAGAUUGAAACAUUAAUAGAGUUUUACAAAUCGAAUCAAUGAUCAAUGUUUGUAUGUGCCAAAGCACCCUCUCUAUAGAAUAGGAACGCACGAAUUAAAGUUUUGGAAGAAAUAAAGGCAGAAUUAGCCAAACUAGGUGUGGAUAUAUCUCUAAUAGCAGAAAUAAAAGCCAAGUUUGCCAGUUUUGCAAAAAUACUUCUUCCCAUCUUUUAUUGUUAAUAAGUUAAUGGCUUGCAAUUUGCAAUCUCAAUUAGUAAAGCUCCUAUCUAUGAACCUUGAGUAAAGCUCAUGUAAAUUUAGUAGGUAGAGCGCAUGCCUAUAUGCUGAUUACAAUUCGGAUAGUUGCAAACACAAACUUGGCACAAACUGACUUUUUCAUACUAAAUCGACUCGCGCAACUAACCAAUAUUUUUAGUACUGAAAUCAGUACUGAAAUUAGUAUAAUGGCAAACGGGUCUUAGUUUAAAACAUGCUAAUUAUUUUUUUGCAAUUAGUCUCGUGUUCCCUGGUCUAUAACAAUUAAGUACAUUGGAAGUUCCCUAGCUGAACAUUUACUGAGUAAACGUCUAAAUUAAGUGUGACUAUCUUCACUCUAACCUUAUAUAUUUUCCCGCCAAUAACAAGAAUAAAUAGUUUUUAAAUUCACCCCUUUCUGUACCUGUCCUGUAAAGAAACACUUUUAUGAAAUAAUUUAAAUAAUGUCUGUUGAAUACAAUCCAGACACUUUAGGUGACCUUCUGCCUUUAUAUUAUAGAAGACUGUUCCCCCAUUCACAGUUUUAUAGAUGGUUAAGUUAUGGACAUACAUUAACAUUUGCCAAAAGAGAAAUAUCCUUUACUCUACUUGGAGAUAUUUACAUUCGAUAUCAAUCAUUUGAUACCCAAGAAGAUUUUUCAAACGAGCUGCAAAAGAAAUUCCCUAUGAAGAUCGAUUUGGGGGCCAUAUAUCAAACCAAGCCGAGAGACAAAGGCCCUGUGUCACAGAUUGUACCUGUAGAAAAGGAAAUAGUGUUUGACAUUGAUAUGACUGACUAUGAUGAUAUCAGGACUUGUUGUUCAGGUGCAGACGUCUGCACAAAAUGUUGGAAAUUUAUGGUCAUAGCUUGUAAAAUAUUGGAUGCGGCACUUUACCAUGAUUUCGGCUUUAAUCACAGGCUCUGGGUGUUUUCUGGAAGAAGAGGUAUCCAUUGCUGGGUGUGUGACCCUCAGGCAAGAGUCAUGGAUGAAUCUAUUAGAUCUUGUAUAGGAGAUUACCUUCAGAUUGUUAGAGGAGGUGCUAAUGUUUAUAAAAUGGUACAGUUGCCUGGAGAAAAAAUUCAUGCAUCUCUAGAAAGGGCCUUGGGCAUUAUAAAUACCUAUUUUACCACUAUUGUGGAAGAGCAAGAUAUUUUGGGUACAGAUGAAAGACUAACUAAUUUUCUACAGAUUAUAGACCAAGAUCUGAGGCCUUCCUUUAAAGGACCAAUGAAAAGAGCAGAAACUUCUUUGGAAAGAUGGAAAGUGUUUGUAGACACAUUCGAUGAUAUGCUAAGAAGUAACCAAAUUCCCAAAUUUCUCAGAAACCUCAAAGAAGAAAUCAUACUACAGUAUUCCUACCCGAGGCUUGAUAUUAAUGUAACUAAAGGCUUCAAUCACUUGUUAAAGGCUCCAUUUUGUGUCCACCCAAAGACAGGAAAGAUCUCAGUUCCUUUCAAUCCAAAAGGAAUCGAUAAUUUUGACCCGGGAAACGUUCCAACAUUACAUGGCCUAAUUGAUGAGAUAAAUGCCUAUGACAAAAAAACCAUUGAACAAGAACAAAAUCUAAUGGAAGUAGAUGGUAGUAAGACUCCGUCGAAAUCAAAGAUCAAAGACUAUAAAAAAACCAGUUUGCUACAUUCAGUUGCCAUUUUUGAAGAGUUUCUUAGGGCAUUGGAGAGGGCAAGAAGAGGAAAAAAAAAUCCUGAUGAGUUUUAACAUCGUAGUGGCGAAUUUACAUAGAUUUUUUGUUUUUUAUUUAUUUUUAUAUCUAAUAAACAUAUUUUUUAAUAAAGAUCAUUUCAUUUUAA